AUGUCGGUGCCAGAGCAGGAAACGCCGGCAACUACUCAAGCAGAGGCUCCUCGACCAGUUGUCACGGCGGAUGACAAUCUGUCGUGUCAAUGGGACAAGUGCAGUGAGAGAUGUGUCUCUCCGGAAGCUCUAUUUGACCACAUCUGCGAGAAGCAUGUUGGCCGAAAGAGCACGAAUAACUUGAACCUCACAUGCGGCUGGAAUUCAUGCCGUACCACUACUGUCAAGCGCGAUCAUAUCACCUCCCACAUCCGAGUCCACGUCCCUUUGAAACCUCACAAAUGUGAUUUCUGUGGAAAGGCCUUUAAGCGUCCCCAGGACCUGAAGAAGCACGUAAAGACUCAUGCCGACGACUCGGUCCUCCUUCGAUCUCCCGAUCAGGACGGUCAACGAUCCGGCUAUGGUCAAGGCCAAGGCGGAAAAGCUACUGCAACAGGCUACUACGAUCAUGGUGCUCAGAUGCACCCCGGCCCGCCACAUUACGGCCAUCCUCAACAGGGCGGCCACAAUGGAUACUAUGCUCCUCCACAACAAUCUUCCUACGGUCCCGUCUACUAUCCAGUGAACCAUGGUGGCGAUCUCGGCCAACAUGCAGCCUUCGACAGCAGGAAACGUGGAUAUGAAGCUCUAAAUGACUUCUUCGGUGAUGCCAAACGCCGACAAAUUGACCCGAAUUCCUAUCAGCAAGUGGGCCAAAGAUUGAUGGCUCUGCAAGGGAACAUGAUGCACGGGGGAGCCCUUGGAGAAUAUAUGCCAGCUGGACCUCAACUAGUUUCAGUGGAUGGUCACGGGGGACACGGAGGCCCAAUGCCCCAACAUCAAUACGCUCUCCCACCGAUGCCGAACUUGAGAACCAAGAAUGAUCUGAUGAACAUCGAUCAGUUCCUCGAGCAAAUGCAAUCGACUGUCUAUGAGAGCUCCAACGCUGCAGCUGCAGCAGGCGUUCAACAGCCAGGUACUCACUAUACGCACCAGGCUGUCAAUUUUAGACAAAGCCACUCGCCUCCCCAGACUGCUCUCCAAGGUCUUGGUCACCACAUGAGCUCCCACGUCCCUUCGUCACAUGUAACAGCACCGAUGAUAGCGACCCACUCCUCGCAGUCAAACUCAGGAACACCAGCUCUAACCCCAUCGAGCUCACACUCGUACACCUCAGGACAAUCACCAACCUCAUCCCACGGAAUGUCUCCAUCUUCAAGACACAGCUCAGCCACCUCAGCCGCCUACCCAAGUCUCCCCGCAGUAACCGGAGGCUACUCUCCUCACUCAACCACAGCACCAGCCUCCACCCUCGGCACAAAUUUCGAUAGUGACCAACGUCGCCGCUACUCCGGCGGCAUGCUCCAGCGAAGCGCCCAUCCCCGCGACAUAUCAAUGAUGGACACAUCCUCAGAUGACUCCCGCACGCCCUCACCAAAAGAAACAACACCCCGACCAGAACACAAGUCCACUCUCUCAUCCAACAUCGACCCCGCUCUCUCCGGCAUUAGCUCUCCCAGCGCUCAAUCCGAGAGUGGCGACAGCGCCAAAGAUCGUGCUGAAGAAGCCUGGAUUGAGAAUAUUCGUGUGAUUGAGGCGCUACGUGAGCUUAUCAAGGACCGACUGAGACGGAAACAGUAUUAUGAGGAAGGGAGUGAGGAUAUAGAUAUGAGUGGAACGACUGAUAAGGUGUCGCCGGAGAGGAGUUCGGAAAGCUUGUACCCUAUUCUGAGGUCUGAUGAUGAGUAG